AGGUUAUGGUUAUUCCGCGGUUUACACGCGCACGUUGGAAGGAGAGCCGCACAAACGUAUUAUUAUUAUUACUGCUGUUGGUGUUUUGAAAAUGGAGGACGCCGUCGCGGCGCAGGUGGAGGAUGAGUGGGCAGCGCCCGUCGUCCCUGAGAGCGGGCUCGUCUUCUCCGCAAUCAAGUACAUGCAGCUGCAACUCUGCAAGCCGAAGCUGCUCCCCAUCAAGUCCUACUCGCUCGAAAAGUUGGAAAAGAUGGAGAUGAAGUUGGCACAAGAGGCGAAGGAGAAGCGCGAUGCGGACAGGUCGCAGCGUCAUACGGCGGUUGGGUGGACGUCGCCGGAUCUGCGAAAAGAGCCGGACCCUCCUGCUGCUGCUGCUGCACCUCCCUCAUCUUCCUCACCUCUUCCUAGCGGAUCAGCGAAAGCUUCACCUGCACCGCGAACAAUCGACAGUAACACACCGACGAGCCCUCUCCCCUUGCCGAAGCAGGAUGCGUCGCUGCCCUCGACAAGUGUUAGGCAGCUGACGGAGGAGGAGGUCGCGGCGGAUGCGUUGGGGUCUCCGCAGAACGAUAACUCCAGCGACGCAUCGGCCAGCGAGGUCUCCGCCUUGAGCAGGACCUCCUCGGUGUCUGAUUAA